GCUCGUAGUGUGUAUCUCUCAGGGCAUGAAACAAUUCACAUAACCUAAUCUGUCAGAAAAUUGUGUUUUAAAUUAACAACAAUAGCAAUAAACGUAGAAAAUUGUGAAAAAUAUUGGUCGUAAUGGUGUAACAGAUAUCCUAAUACCAUCCGUUUAGAUAAAACUGUCGUGAUUACAAGUAUUUUUUGUCGAAUAUUCGAACCAACAACAGUCAAAGGAAUCAUUAACUCUAUUGCGUUGAAGUGAAAUUCAAUUUACCGAUUUUAUAUAAAGAACAUCUUAAGAGAUGGCAUCAGAGGAUAUCAAUCAUCACACGAUAGUAGCCUCAGCAGAAGAAACUGGACAAUCUGUCACCAGUACCUUGCAACAAGAUGGUAAUAGAGAUCAAAACACAACUACCAGACAGCAUAAUCCAGGAAGUCGACAAAAUAAUCUUCAAAGGAUACAGCAACGCAAGCAACAAAUGUUCAACUUGCCUCGGAUCAAGAAACUAUUGAAACUUGCGACUUAUAGCACUUGCCAAAUGGAAGAGUGCAAAUGCACCAGCUGGAAAAACACGCAACCAUUCGCAAGACCACAGAGAAGUGAGACACAACAACCUGUAAUCAACUUUUUUGAUCCAUGCAAGACAUGUAAUCAUUCUUUAGAGAGUCACAUUACGCAUCUAAUGUCUCAGCCUGAAGAAGAAAUUAACAGAUUGCUGGGAAUGGCUAUUGACGCUGACAAUAUAUUUAUGAGCAUACACAGAGAGGAAGAUAUUGAUACUAAGAAAGUAUAUUACUAUUUAUAUAAAUUGUUGAGAAAAUGUAUUAUAUCUAUGACAAAGCCGGUUGUGGAAGGCCCAUUGGGACAACCGCCAUUUGAAAGACCUAGCAUAGCGAAAGCUGUGAUGAAUUUUGUCUUGCAUAAAUUUAGCCAUUUAUCACCGAGAGAAUGGCAAGGUAUGUGUGACAUGGCGAAAAUGUUUUUACACUGCCUGAAUCACUGGAAUUUCGAAGCACCCAGUGCUAGACGAACGACAGUCAAUGCGGAAGAAGCUCCGGCUUACAAAGUUAAUUACACCCGUUGGCUUGUCUUCUGCCAUGUGCCUGCAUUUUGCGACUCCUUAACACAUCACGAUACUCCGCUAGCCUUUGGGAAGACUCUGCUGCAAGCUGUAUUUAGGCCAGUAUGUAGACAGUUAAUGGACAAGUGCCACAGCGAAAGAGACAAAAUAGCGCCGGAAAAGAGGGUUCUGGUUUUAACGCAUUUCCCCAAGUUUCUCUCGAUGUUGGACGAGGAGAUUUAUUCCGACAACUCGCCCAUCUGGAACCCUGAUUUUAAACAAGCACCACCUUCUCAUCUGCAAGCCGCCUUGGAAUCGAAGGGGCACCAAGCAAGAAAGACGGGAGAAUUUGAGAAGGUCACAGUCACCCCGAAUGAAAAAGAUAAUUUUACAACGAUAAAUAUUUGCCCUGGGGUGAAGAAACUUCAGGAGAAACGUCCGAACACGGAAGGGCGACCUGAUGCGACGAAAAAACGGAAGAUCGAUGAUAACUUCGAGGAUCUGCCAGAUGAUACCAUCACUGAAAUUGUCGCAUCUAUUAAUGAUACUAAUUACAUGUCUGGUUCUGAUGCAGUAUUCCCGCCAAACGUUCCACGAGAUGAAACUGCGAAAAUGGAAGAGAGCAAAAAAAUCAUAGAGUUUCAUGUAGUUGGAAAUAGCCUUACGCGACCGGUGUCCAAGCAAACUAUGCUUUGGCUGAUCGGGUUGCAGGAUGUGUUCAGUCAUCAGUUACCUAAAACGCCCAAAGAAUAUAUAACACAGCUUGUUUUUGAUCCCAAGCAUAAAACAUUAGCCUUGAUAAAGGACGGUCGACCAAUCGGUGGUAUAUGUUUCUGUAUGUUUCCGAGCCAAGGUUUUACAGAGAUAGUGUUCUGCGCGGUAACGAGUCACGAGCAAGUAAAAGGCUACGGAACACAUUUAAUGAAUAUGCUGAAAGAUUAUCAUAUCAAAAAUAAUAUAUUGCAUUUUCUGACAUUUGCGGACGAUUUCGCAAUCGGAUACUUUAGGAAGCAAGGAUUUAGCAACGACAUCAAGCUACCGAAGUCAGUUUAUAAUGGAUACAUCAAAUACUAUGUAAGCGCGAUGUUGAUGCAUUGCGAGCUGAACGCAAAGAUUGUGUACACCGAAUUCACGGCGGUCAUCAGGAAGCAAAAAGAGAUCGUUAAGAAACUGAUUCAUCAGAAGCAGCAGGAAAUACCGAAAGUGCAUCCGGGGUUGACGUGCUUUAAGGAAGGCGUGAGGGGUAUCCCCAUCGAAUCCAUCCCAGGAAUUUAUGAGACUGGGUGGAAGAGCUCCGCCCAAACCAGAACACGGGGUGUGACGAAAGGAACGCAGGGUUCAGAAACGAUGGACCCGAGUCUAGAGACGGCGGAUUCUCUGUUUAACUCGUUAAACAGCGUUCUCAACAGUGUCAAAAAGCACAGCGCAGCUUGGCCCUUCUUGAAACCUGUAGACAAGAACGAUGUUCCGGAUUACUAUGAUCAUAUAAAGUAUCCUAUGGAUCUCAAAACUAUGUAUGAUCGCCUAAACGCGAAAUACUAUGUAACAAAAAAAUUAUUUAUAGCAGACAUGAUACGGAUUUUCACAAACUGUAGAUUGUAUAACAGUCCUGGCACUGAGUAUUAUCGCUGUGCCAAUGCCUUGGAGAAAUGCUUUCAGAAGCGCAUGAAAGAGGCUGGUCUUUGGGAUAAGUAGAACUCUCUCAAACACGUUAAUAUAAUGACGUUGGCAAUCGACAUUUCCUAAUUUAUUCUCACUACUUGAAGUCAAAUUAUUUUAUAAAGAACGUUCGUACAUACCGAUAUAUAAUACUGCUUUUUGUGCAGUAUUUGUACAAAGAUGAAACGAUAUCUAUUUGCGCGGAAGUGCACGUCGGAAUCAUUAAGAAACGAAGAAAAAAGGACAUUAAACAUGUUUGUUAUUUUGCCUUUUGAUCGAUUAUGUGUGUAAAAUAUGUAAGCGCCUAUAAACUUAUACACGUGUAGUCCAAGAUAUUUGUAAAGUCAUUUUUCCAAGUAGCUGUACUUGACAAGUGCGCGAUCAUAUUUUUCUUUCCAAUUGCUUUCUCCAUGCUAUUCUGACAUGCACCUCUCGUUCAUUGGAUAUAUAUAUAUAUAUGUAUGUGUGUAUGUACAUAUGAACGCGUGUGUACAAAAGUGUAUAUAACUGUGAAGUGAUGCGUGUCGCUUGUCUAAUUUUAAUCGGGUAUUUUAUAUAACAUGACUCGCGAAUGCGAUUGUUUAUACGUGGUCAUUUUAUCACCAGCACCAUGCCGUUAAAAAUGUUAGGAGUGGUUUUAUGCAAAAGUUUCAAACUGGAGUGGGUACUUAAUUUCACAGCCUAAUUAGUAUCAUUAAUUGAACAGUUAAUUAUGGAGCAUAAUAUGGCGAUUGUAAGGACGCUCUGGUAGGUGAUCAGUCUACGGAACAGCGACUCGCUGUAAUGUGCGCUGGUUUGUAAAAUAUCCAUAAUGGAAUAAAGCUUGUUAUCCGCAAGUGAUGCGAACGCAAUGAGACUAGACUGCGAUUCAGUCUGCGACCGCGUUGAUAUAUCAACGAAUCAGUAAAAAAGAAACUAAUAUUCAUUCUUAUUCUUAAGUUACGUUUUUCGAUAUGAAGUCUUCUUGAUAGCUCUAAACAGUACAAGUUCAUUGUAAAAUUUAGUAAAUAUAUAGAUAAUUACUCUCUCUAUUGCAA